UCACAUCAAAACAAUAGUCAAUCGGGCAGUACUAAAGAAAACAAGAGUAUAAAUAAUUUUAAUCGCCAUGGACAAAGAUAAAUUCACUCUUCAAAUAAUCCGGCAGGAUUUGAUUGAUAACAAUCUGCAAGCCAAAGCCAUUAUACAGGAUAUACUCAACAGCAGGUCAUCUAUCGUCGAACUGGAGGAACUCAAUGAAGCUGGUCGGGCCAAGUUAUCAGCUAUACGCAAGAAUAUCGAACGGUUAGAUGAUUGGGCACGUGACAUGGCCGAUCCCGCAUUGGCCGUGGAGGUCGACACGCAUCGGGAGCAAUUCUCCAAGACAUUACAAGCAUUCCGCAAGGCGAACGUGUCCACCAUGCUGGAGAUCGAGAAGGCAAAUCGGGAGGAGCUCAUGGCCAUUACCGGCGAGAGUGAUCUGAGGCAGCGCACCAACGCGGGAGCACGGCACAAUCGCGGCAGUCUUGUCUCUCAGGAGAACGACGUGACGGAGAAGAUGCUGGCCAUAUCGCGCCAUCUGUCGGAGACAACUCAGAAGAGUGCGGUGACAUUGGAGACACUUGUUGCCUCUUCACAGAAUGUGGAGGCCACCAACGAUGAGCUGUACAAUACGGCCGGAAGCAUUACACAGUCCGGCAAGCUGCUAAAGAAAUACGGAAGACGCGAGUGCACCGACAAAAUGUUGCUAUUCUUUGCAUUUUGUUUAUUCCUCGCUUGUGUCUUCUACAUUGUCCAGAAGCGACUCUUUUAGGUCUAAAUCUGUGGUAUCUGUUAAAUGGGAAUAGUUUAAAUAGGCUUAUAUCAUGUCUCUGUAAUAUGUGUGAAACGCUUUGCUAAUUUAAGAAUUACUUAUUGCCAAUCAUA